CGCAGCCCUCUCCAAGUCACCCAACCACUCAUUGGGGGGGGGAAUGAUUUUGAAUGCGUCAUCAAAACCUUGAGCCAGGGAGUCAGAAAUAGUAGGCCCAGGGUGAUCCCCUAUUCCAAUCGCGUUAUUCUUGGUCUACGAUGGAGCAAUGAUGACCUGGACUUGGCCAAACCUCAAGCUGCACUUCUGGAGAUAUUUCGGACAAAAUAUGGAUUCGAGAUAGGCAAUUUGCUUAUACCCUCAACCCCUGGGAACGAGGCAUUGGAAGCGAUAAACGAAAUUUUUUUUAAACUCUGCGAGGAAUAUAAAUUAGACACCCCCCUAUGGCUAUCCCGCCUUCGCACGAAGGCUGAUAUUCUCGUUCCAAUCGAUACCUCCUACUCUGGAAGCUUUUUAGAGCCAUGUCACAGCCUACAAAUGAGAUUGCAGUACAAUAAACGUUUCGCUGAGUACCUGUUCUCAACAGGCAACGAGAUUGCUGAUCAGAACGGUCCCACUUACGAUGGAUCUCUCUGUACCCAGGCGAAUGACCCAAGUACUAAGCUGCGUUAUACUCCUGAAUGUAUAGACUGUCGAAAAACAACUAUCACCCUCCAACAUCGAGCUAAUUACGAGUGGGGGAGACAAAGACCGACAGGCAAGGCACAAAUACCUACGGGUCGUGUCCUUAUUUCCGUAUCUAUUCUUGGCAAGACAGUUCGCCGUUAG